UACUCAGAUGUCGCUCUCAUCGCUCGCUGUGCCCUCUAGUACCCACAGACGCAGCACCAGCUCGGUUGUCGGGGAAAAAGCAGACUUAGAACGAGAACGAGAAGGAGAAGACUCGACUGUCACCAUGGAACUGAUGACGACACGUUCUCGCACCUCUCUUGUGAACUCGAGCACGGGGAAUGGGAACGAGGAGGUGUCUGCUGAAAUCACCAUGCCGGCUCCCGGCUCACCGAACCACUGCAAGCUGCGCGAUAGGACCAUUCUUUCAGAGGAGAAGCGCAGGCUGUGCGGCUGGGCGCUCGGCAUUGCCCUCUCCGGGAUUGUUCUCAUGAUUCUGCAAACCGAACUUUGCUGGUUCGUCUGCGGCAAGGAUUCGGUCUCUGUCUUCAUUAUCAGAUUGCUGAUCAGCCUGUCCACUGUGUGUCUGCUGGGGCUGCUGGUGGCGUUCCACUACAAAGACAUCCAGGUGUUCAUGAUCGAUCAUUCCGUGGAGGACUGGCGCAUCGCCCUCACUUCCUGCCGCAUCUUCUCCAUCUCCCUCGAGCUGGUAGUGUGUGCCCUGCACCCCGUCCCACUGGCCUGGCUCCCGGGGAGCGGAGAGGACGGGGUGGACGGGGAGGGGUUGAGGAGGACGGGCUGGAACUCCACGCUCCCCACCCCUCCCGCCUGCUCCCUGCCGGUCUGGGAGCUGCUGCUCAGCUCCAUGAUGUUCCUGCGGCUGUACCUGGUGCCUCGCUCCCUGCUGCUUUACAGCAAGAUCCACCAGAGUGCCUCUUACAGGAGCAUCGGCUCCCUCAACAACAUCAACUUCCACUUCCUCUUCGUGCUCAAGCUGCUGAUGAACACCCAGCCCGGCCUCACGCUGCUCGCCUUCAUCGUCUUCCUCUGGCUCACCGCCUCCUGGAUCCUCACUCUCUGUGAGAGGCAGAGUGAAGGUGCUGUGGGCAGCAUGGAAGAUACGGUGUGGCUUGUCGCCAUCACCUUCUUGACGAUCGGAUAUGGAGAUCUCACCCCCAAGACCACCUGUGGGAGGACAGUCUGCCUGCUCACCGGAGUCAUGGGAGUGGGAUGCACCGCCAUGCUGGUUGCUGUCGUCUCAAAUAAACUGGUGCUCAACAAGGCUGAGAAGCACGUGCACCAGUUCAUGAUGGACACAAAGGACACCAAGAAGAUACGCAACGCGGCAGCCAACGUCUUGAGGGAGUGCUGGCUGCUUCACAGGAGCAGCAGAGACAGGAGACACGGCGGAGAACACAGGAGGGACCAGAGACGACUGCUGAAGGCCAUCCAAGUAUUUCGGAACGCUAGGCUCCAGCAGAGGAAGAAGACAGAUCAUGGUAAUAAAGUGGUGGACCUCUUAAAGCACCUGCAGAGGAUAACGUGUGAUCUCAAUGCGAACUGGAGCAACUCGUACAAGGAGCUGGAGCAGAGGAUCGACUCCAUGGAGCAGAAGAUGGAUGCGCUGAGAAUAGCCUUCCAUGACAUAUCGCAGCCCCUCUCAAGAGCCGUGCAGCACAGAGCAGAGGACUACAGCCUCACGUAGAGCCCUGUGUGAGGGGCUGGGGCUGGGAGGGUGUCUGUCUCCAGCCACCCAUCUGUCUGCCUGUCUGUCCAACAAGACUCUUGUUGACCAGGAAUAGUUGGACCAGAGCAGCUGUUGUUCUAUCCUCCAAACACCAGGGGGCAGACUACAGCUUGUGAACAGCCACGGGACUCUGUGGUAAAGAAACUCAGGAAAGCCAUGUGCCUCUUAACAAGCAAAUCAAAUGAUUUUUUAAAAUCUUUUUUCUUUAAGAACACAAACUGUGACGUGAACAAUUAGGGUUGAUCUGGGGUGCAUUUCCACGCUAUGACCAGGUCAUCUGGUUGUGUGUUUUCGUGAUCAGGUCACUAGACCUAGCGGUCACGGGUCCACUGAACCAGUGAACUCGGUUUGUGGCACGGCUCAUGGUUGUAAACAGCGUCAUGUGCACAUAUCUGUGCUCUGAGUUCAUCCGAUUCUGGCCUUCUAGCUAUUCCAAAGACUAAAACAAAGGGCGAAAGAGCUUUUAGCUGUAAUGCACCGAGAUUGUGGAGUACAUAGAUUGCCAUCUGAUAUCAGGGAAGCUCGGGUCACUAAGCUUGAGGUUAAAAAGUCAUUUUUUUAGAUUAACUUUUGAAUCCUGAUUUUGUGUCUCAAUCUAUUAAUAUUGUCAUUUUACUCUUCUCUUUUUAUUAAUGUUAUUUUUAUGUUUUUCCUUCACUGUGUUUCUGUUGCUUUUAAUUAUUGAAUUGUUCCUUAGUAACUGUUAUCUUGCUAAUCUUCUUAUUAUUAAUCGUACCAUGUUUUCUGUUGUCUGUGUUUAAUUUGACUGCAUUCUUGUUGUUGAUUUUACUGUAUUGUAAAUUGCUUUUGGGACACUGGUGUGAAAGGCGCUAUAUAAAUAAAUAAACUUUAAACUUUAACCAGA